UUAGUCGAAUGAAGAGGGUCCUUCAACAACCCGGAAGUCUGGCUUCCACAUGUUUUUGUGUACGCUCGCCGGUUACUAAGCGGGGUUAUCACAUUGUGUACAUUGUAGUCCAUACUUGUGGUGUUUUUAGGCUCAAAACCGAAAUCUAACAGGAUGAAAGUGGUUGCGUUAAUAAGUGGGGGCAAAGACAGCUGCUACAACAUGAUGCAGUGUGUUGCUGCUGGGCACCGGAUCGUAGCACUGGCCAACCUGCGCCCGGCUCACACAGAUGAAUUGGACAGCUACAUGUACCAGACGGUGGGCCACCAGGCUAUAGAACUGUAUGCCGAUGCCAUGGACUUACCUCUGUAUAGACGCACCAUCCAGGGAUCUAGCCUGGACACUAGCAGAAACUACAGAGAGACAGAGGGAGAUGAGGUAGAGGACCUUUAUCAGCUGCUGCACCUUGUGAAGGAAAAGGAGGGCGUCGAAGCGGUGUCAGUAGGGGCCAUUCUCUCUGAUUACCAGAGGGUCCGGGUGGAGAAUGUAUGUUUGCGGCUUGGUUUGCAGCCCUUGGCCUACCUGUGGCGGCGAGACCAAGAGUCCUUGCUCUCUGAGAUGAUAUCAUCAGACCUUCAUGCGAUCCUCAUUAAAGUUGCCGCAUUCGGCCUGGAUCCAGAGAAGCACUUAGGAAAACCUCUGGCUGACAUGGAGCCCUACUUGAAACAGCUCUCCCAGAAGUAUGGAGUCCAUAUAUGUGGAGAAGGAGGUGAAUAUGAAACCUUCACCCUUGAUUGUCCUCUCUUCAAAAAGAAGAUCGUUAUUGAUGCGGCGGAGACGGUGAUCCACUCAGCAGAUGCCUUUGCACCGGUUGGCUACCUGCGCUUCACUAAAAUGCACACGGAGAGCAAAGACACUGAUGUGGUGGCGAGAGCUUUGCCCCAUGGUAGUUGUCCUUGCCAAAAUGCCAUUGACAAGAUGACUGAGGAGGUGGAAUAUGCUGAUCAAGCUGAAGACAACCAGCACGAAUUUUCAUCAAACUGUGACCUUAGUUGUCAGUGGGGCCACGACGUCUCUCCAUCUUGCUCUUUAAGAAGUUCUAGAGGUUAUCAGUGGAUCUGUGGCAUCAAUGGCCUGCAAAGCCAAGACUCCGGGAUCCAGGGCCAGACAUCGGCAGCUUUCAUCCAGCUGCAAAGGGAGUUGGACAGCAGGGGCUGGAAGAUGAAGGACAUUGUUCUGGUUCACCUGUAUGUAAAGAGCAUGGAAGAUUUUGUUGAACUCAAUGCAGUCUAUAAGAAACACUUUGACAUCAACCCUCCAGCCAGGGUGUGUGUCCAGGUGCCUCUACCUGCUGGCCAGCUGCUGCAGAUGGACUGUCUGCUCCAUGACUGGACCGAGCCCCUGGCAGAGGGCUGCUUCAAUCAGAGAGAAGCUCUGCAUGUCCAGAGCCUGUCCCACUGGGCCCCAGCCAACAUCGGACCCUACAGCCAGGCCCUCAGAAUCAAUGACGUGGUGUUCUGUUCUGGCCAAAUUGCUUUGGUACCCUGUAAAAUGCAGUUGGUAAAAGCUGCCACCUACACCCAGGCUCACUUGUCCUUCAGCCAUAUGAAGAAGGUUCUGGAAGCUGUGAUUGGCAGCUUGACUCUGGCUCAUGUUGUCCAGGCCCAUUGCUACACCACAAGGCACCAAGACAUCCAGAUCAUCCGUGCCGUCUGGGAGAGCAUGCUGAGAGCCACAGAAGAAGAGAAGGACUUGUUGUGGGACUCUGAGAUCAGACGUGUGCCGUUAUUGGUCGUUGUGGUACCUGCCUUGCCCAAGGGUGCAGCUGUUGAGCUUCAUGCAACUGCUGUUCAUGACGAUCCCACCCAAAGGACUUCCUGUCACAUGACUACAAAGAUAGCCUGUGGAUCCAUAGAGUGUUACACUCUACUGUCUGCUGACAGCCAUAGUGCUGCGCUCUCACUUUCCCUGGCUGUCCAUGGUGAUAACUUGGAGGCCACUGAUGUAAAGCAUGUAACAGAAGAAGUUGGCACUGCAUUCAGGAAAGCCACAAAGAAGAUGGAUGCUAAGCUGGUGCCACAGUGUGCUAGGGUGUUCUUCAAGUGCAGCCACUCACUGGCACAGCAGAUUGUUAAAGGACUUGAGGAAACGUUAAGAAGCUCACUAGCAGAGUCCAGUCCAUCCAUAGCACUGGUUCCAGUCCUGGACUUGCCUGACUCCCAGAUCAUCCACCUGUCCUGCUGGCUCAGUUUAUAGAAUCUCAGCCAGAGUCAACAACCAGACUGAAGCCAUACACAGCUCUGGAAUUUAGUGGAGCUUUUCUGGAGGAAAGACACUGACAGACUAACACCUAAUGACUUACAACAGGACAUCAGUGAAUGUGGAAAAAGAAAAACGGCGUAACUGCUCAUUAAUGUUUGACUGUUUUUUUGUUUUACAGCUCGUUGUUGAAAAGCAAAGCCGUAUGCGCCUGCAAGUGGUUUUAACAGUGUGUGGUUUUGAGGAUGUGUUUAGUCCACUUCAGACCCCAGAAUGAAGGCCAGUAAUCCCCUUUGUCCUCCACUGGAGACGUAGACUGCAACAGCUGUUAUUCUACCUCUGAGACAAAGCUUAUGGAACAUCCACAACCUAAAGCUGCGUGCCAAACAACAAGAGACUGGAGUUUGCAAAAGGAGACACUGGUAGUGUCUCAUUCCAUGUAGCGAUAAACUGUAUCCUCUGAUAUGUCAUUGCUUCUGGUAGAAUUUCUUUAAGCUUGCUUGCUAACACCCCUCAUAAAGGCCACAGCUGAAACCAUCUGCUCCGCUGCAAACCUAUAGAUUUACUGUGCGACUGGCUUGUGGCCGUUUUUAGUGCAUUAGAAUGAGGUGAGUUUUUCUCUUUCUCUUGUGCUCUGUGAGAUUCAAGGUGUGUUAUUAUUGUGUAAUAGGCAAUCAGCACCAAGCACCUGAAAAGAUUAGGCCUCUUUAUGUUUUCUAUUGAUUCUAAGGCUGCCUGGUUAAUAGGAGAAAGACGCAACCACACACAGCUGCAGGGCAUGUGUGUGUCCUGUGAACGUAAAAGUGUGUGUGUGUGUUUGGGGUGCAGGGGGUUGUCAGUGGACACAGUGUGACAAUGCGCAAAGAAAAUAACACUAUUAACCAUUGCUCCUGGAGCUUUUCUUUUCUCAAAGAUCAUGAACUGUAUUGAUAAUUUGAGUUGGAAUACAUCUUCACUUCAGCUAUUCUCUUCAUCGCACAUGUGAUGGCGGUGGAGUUGAGUGGGCUUAUCGAUCCUCACCCAACCCACCACGGCGCUGUUUUGAUUGUUGUUAUCAAAAAUUGAACAACAGAGGUGGCCAAUAGAGCCUGAAGAAUUUUAUUGAAGGUUGAAAAACACAAACAAGCAAUUAUUCAUGAGAGCGAGCGAGCCAAUCCCCCAUAAAUAUAGAGCAUGUUUAACUUUCACCUGCUUGGUUUUUAAAGGGCCCAACACCAGGGGGAGAUUUUGAAUUUUUUUACCUGUUAAAUGUGUAUCAGUGUUGGGUUUUUUCGUACGCUAAUUUUUGUGAGUCAAGUAAAUAGCUGUAAAUGUCAUCCCCAAAUUUUUGGCUGUAUUUUAAUGUUGUCCAUAAAUCUUUAAAUAUAAAAAUAUGAAUAAAACAGAGCCAAAGAAGCCUU